AUUGUCAACAACCAAAGAAGAUGAAGUUUACUUUAGUCCUAAUUUUUGCGCUAGUAGCGCCUCUGGCUUAUUCAGCUAGUCUUCCAAAAAAAGGAGUUCCUGACUUUAUUAAAUCCCUGAAGGACCUUCAGCGUGGCCCUCCUAGGCAGGCUACCACCAGGAAAUCCCAUGUUAAGACUCGCUGGAUCACCCAGAAACUGGACAACUUUGAUGAAGCCAAUAAUGCGACCUGGCAAGACCGUAUUCUGAUUAACGAGCGCCACUUCGUGGAGGGAUCCCCGAUAUUCAUUUACCUCGGUGGCGAAUGGGUAAUACAACCUGGAGAUAUAGAAAAUGUACAUCUGGCAGACAUUGCAAAGCAACACAAGGGCACCAUUCUCACCACAGAACAUCGGUUCUUUGGCGAGAGUAUUCCCAUUAAACCCCUGUCCACAGAAAACCUUAGCAAGUAUCAAAAUGUGAAGCAAGCCUUGGCCGAUGUGGUGAAUGUUAUUAAGGUUCUUAAGGAGGAGGAUAAGUACAAGGAUUCGAAGGUCGUCGUUCAAGGAUGUUCCUACUCUGCAACCAUGGCAACUUGGCUCAAGAAAUUGUAUCCCGAUGUCAUUGUGGGCAGUUGGGCAUCCAGUGCUCCCCUUGAAGCCAAGGUUAACUUUAGAGAGUUCAUGAAAGUUGUUGGAGAAGCCUACAGAGAGCUAGGAGGAGACUAUUGCUACAACAUCAUUGACAAUGCCACAUCCUAUUUUGAAAAUUUAUUCUAUAACGGACAAGGAGCCCAGGCCAAGAAAGAAUUAAAUCUCUGCAGUGAUUUUGACGAGAAUGACGAAAGAGAUCAGUGGCAAUACUUUAGCACUGUUGCGAAUGUUUUCGCAAACCUCGCUCAAUACCAGAAUCCUCAAAACAAAGACUUGUCCAACUACUGUUCGAAUCUUCGUAACUUCAGCGAUAAUGAUUAUGAAGCUUUGUCUAAAUUUGUGCAAUGGCGACUUGAAAAUCCGGAGUGUGUCAGCACUAAAUACCAGGACGCUGUCGAUUACUACUUGUGGUCGAAGGACAACUACGACGGCGAUGGUCUGGCUUGGACGUUCCAGACAUGCAGUGAAUUUGGCUGGUUCCAGUCCUCUGGUAGUCGUAAUCAACCAUUUGGCACUAAUUUCCCAGUCACCCUUUACACCGAUAUUUGUGAGGCUGUUUUCGGAUCUGCUUACUCUGAGACUAAAAUUCGGGACCUAAUCAAGGAGACGAAUGCUGAUUUUGGUGGCAUCGAGAGCGUUGAGGACGUUUACUUCACACAGGGUGGUUUGGAUCCAUGGGCCAAGGUUGGAGCUGGUGUGGCACAAGGAGCCACCAUUAUUCCACAAGCUGCUCACUGCUCUGAUCUGGGUUCGAUAAGCGCCUCGGACAGUGCAGCUUUGCGCGCCUCUAAAGAGCGUGUUUCGGAACUCAUUGCUCAGUGGCUUGCAUAAGAUCGAAUUCCCCAUAUAUUGUUAAUAUUAGCUUUUUCAUUAUUAUUAAA